GUUUUAUUUGUAUGGCCUACUUCAUGUAUAUUGUCCGAAUACAGUAAUAUAACGCAGCAGUCCUAAACUGCUGGUAUACCGGUACUCGUUAGGGCCUUAGGGGUGCAUGUCGCACAUCUGUGUCCUAGGCCAGUGAGGUCUUGAACAUCGAUUGCUAAGCUAACAUAUUCAAUUAUGGCUGGUAAACUUGUUGAAAAGGCCUGCAAUCGAAGUUUUGGUGGUCUUCAGAAGGUGUUCCAACACGAAAGCAAUGAAGUAAAAUGUAUGAUGACAUUUGGUAUAUUUUUACCCCCACAAAUUGAAUCAAAGAAAUGUCCUGUCCUAUAUUACCUUUCUGGUUUAACAUGCACAGAACAGAAUGUGGUGACAAAAGGAGGUUUUCAGCGAGCUGCUGCUAGACAUGGAAUCGUUGUCGUAUGCCCAGAUACAAGUCCGAGAGGUUUAGGCAUAGAAGGGGAAGAUGAUUCAUAUGAUUUUGGAUCUGGUGCUGGGUUUUACCUCGAUGCUACGGAAGAUAAAUGGAAAACCAAUUACAGGAUGUACUCAUAUGUAACAAAGGAGUUACCUGCUUUAAUUCGUGACAAUUUCAACGUCACCAGUGAAACAUCAGUUACUGGUCACAGCAUGGGUGGCUUCGGAGCACUUAUGUGCGGUCUCAAAAACCCAAACCAAUAUCGAUCUAUCUCUGCAUUUUCUCCAAUUGUCAACCCCAUAAAUUGUCCAUGGGGGCAAAAAGCUUUCAAAGGCUACCUUGGUACAAAUGCUGAUUCUUAUCUGGAAUACGACCCUUGUCAUCUUAUAAAAAAAUACUCUGGACCUGUUACUGAAAUUCUCAUUGAUCAAGGAUCUAGUGAUCAAUUUUUCAAAGAGCAACUCAAGUCUGAGAACUUUGUUGAAGCUUGCAAAGGCACGAAAGUUACCCCUAAACUGCGAAUGCAAGAGGGGUAUGAUCACAGUUAUUUCUUCAUAUCUACUUUUAUGGAAGAUCACAUUGAUUUCCAUGCAAAGUACCUGUGCUCUCAAGGAAAAAUAUAAUUAUGUUUGUGAACACGUUAACAUGAAUGAGAAUCUCGCUUAUGGAGUAUGAAAUAGAAUUUGCUAAAUAUUUAGCUAAUUAGUUCCAGACUAGUUUGUUAUAAUUGCUCUAUAUUUGUUACCUUCUGCUCAAAAACAGAGGAUAUACGAUCAUGGAAUUGUGCCAAAAGCUUAUUACUAUUUCUAAUUUUGUCACUAUAAAUCUGGUUUUUGGAAGUUCCAUUAUGCUCUCAAAGACAUUACCUGAUAAUUUAUUAGCUUUCUCCUAAUUUAAUGUUAUCGAAUCCAUGCAAUAAAUAAAAUUGUUUUA